CAUUCAGGCUGGUGUUUUAAGGCUGGAGGGAGGCUCCCAGUUCAUUAGAGUCCGUGUUUCGAGGGUUGGAGUAAGAGAAGGGGUACUACAUCUUGUGGUGACAGCGAGCUGUGGUGAAUAGUUCCCCCUCACGGAAGAUUCACAGAGUUUCAGGGAAAGGGCCAAAAAGGUGUUGGAGUGGCUGAGCUGAAGAGAAACCGGAGGGAGAGUCCUUGGAAGAUGGCACCUGGCAGUUUGGUCUUUGCCUGGUUACUGUUCACCAUGAGGAUGGUCACCUCGGCGGAGUAUCUGGAGGCUGAGGAGGAGGAGAUCAAUGAAACUGUCAUUUGUACCAACGACCAUAUGGAGGUUGUUAUUCCCAGUUCUUUUUUCCUCAACAAAGUGCCUCCAGUUUAUGUUUGGGAUUUGCAUUUAAAUGAUCCAGAGUGCCGUGGUGUCGAGGUCGGUGAUGACUACGUCUUCAGCAUAAAGACAAACCUCUCUGACUGUGGGACCAUAAUGACCUCGGAUGACACACACAUCAUGUUCAUAAACACUAUACACAACAACGACUCAGAUAUUAUAACGAGAAACUAUAUCAACAUAACGUUUGUAUGCCGCUACCCCAUCAACUACAUGGUCCAACAACCCAACGGUGAAAACGUGAUCAGAGUUGAUGUCAGAACCAUAACUCUGAACACAGAGGAUGGAAACUUUUCUGUGUCGAUGUUACUUUACAAAGACGAAGCCUUUGAGGACAGAUGGACCACCGUGCCAUCACUCACACUGGAUGAUGACAUCUUCGUGAAGGUUUUCAUGAUACCGGCUCACCUGAUGCUGCGUAUAGAGAGAUGCUGGGCUACGCCGACCAGCGAUCCAUACAGCAACAUUCAGUACACCUUCAUCCGAGACAGCUGUCCGGUGUUGUCAAAUGAACAGACCCUGAGUGUGCUGAAGAACGGCCAUGGUCCAGAGGCCAUGUUCAGGAUACAAAUGUUCAAGUUUGUCGGCGGCUCUUACACAAACGUCUUCCUCCAUUGCAACGUCCAGAUCUGCCACAACACCGUGGGGCUGUGCCAGCCUAACUGCUCUGGUGAAGAUGGAUUACUGAGGACACGGAGAGACAUCCCCCUGUCCCACACGGUGUCUUACGGACCAAUCAGAAGACUACUAAACGACAGCGAGAAGCCCAACCUGAGUGCAGGCGGAGUCCUUUCGGUGGAGACGUUUGUCCUCGGGGGGUUGCUGGUCGUCUUGCUGCUGGUCACAGGAGUGUUUGGGAGGCUGUGGCUUCGCUCCAGACGUUUCUACCCGGCUCGGGAGGCGCAGCUCACCCUGUCCAACAUUCACCACAUCUCAGAGGUGGCGUCGUGAAUCAGAAUAAAGAAAUGGACAUAUAAACAUGUACAAACACACGUGUACAGGUGUGACUUAUGGUAAUGAUGAAAGCCUUGUUUCUCUUCACAUAAUACGCUUCUUAAAUCGUAUGAAAUUGACUUAAUAAAGGUUUCCUUCAAGCACUGUGCCUGAUUUUACUGGAUUUACUGUGAGUAUUUCCAUUUUAUGCUACUUAAUAUUUCCGCUUUACUUUUUUAUUUUUAGGCAGCUAUAGUUAGUUGUAAAAGUUAGUAUGUGAAAUCUAAUAAACAAUAUAAGUGAGUUCAAAUUAGCUCCACAUUGAUCAGCUACAGUGUUAAAUCACUGCCAAACAACAAGACUUCUGUAAUAAUUAUCCAACAAUAUAAUAUUGGGUCCAUUUUAAAUAGUACUUUCUGAUAUUAACUGAUAUGUUAAAUACAUUUUGCUGCUAAUACUUCUGUACUAAGUCAAACUUUUAAUGCAGAUUUUUUCUUGUAAAGUGAAGUGUGUUAUUACAACUUUAAUUUUUUAUUAUCCUGUAUUUGUGUCAUCGUCAAAAAAAUUCCCAUUAAAAGAGCAAAAAAAUCAGUGUGCUGCCUCUUAAUACAAUCC